AUGAAUUCCUCCCCCCCCGCCCCCGGCGCCCCCCCCGGCCCGCUGCAGCUCUGGCAGGAGGAGAACCAGACCCAAGGUGGGCUCUGGAACGGGAGCCAGGAGCUGGGCUGGGAAGAGCUGGAGAAGAUGCUCUUCCUCUUCGCGAAGGAGCCCGUCACCAUCAGCCUCACGGCGAUGUACCUGGUGUCCUUUGUGGUGGGCUUUGUGGGCAACAUCAUGUCCAUCAGGGUGCUCACUCGGAAGCGCCGGAGUCGGGUGUCCAGCCUGAGUGCCACCCGCAGCCUCCUCAUCAACCUGGCGGUGUGCGACCUCAUGGUGGUGUGUGUCUGCAUGCCCAUCACCGUGGGCAACCUCAUCUACAAAGCCUGGGUGUACGGGGACUUCCUCUGCCGGGCGGUGCCCUUCAUCCAGGCUGUUUCUGUCUCUGCCAGCGUCCUCAGCCUGACCGUCAUCAGCGUGAACCGGUACUACAGCGUGCACAACCCACUCAACGCCCGGUCUUUCUUCACCCAGAAAAGGAUCCUCAGCACCAUCCUGGUGGUGUGGCUGUUGUCCUCAGGGAUAUGCAUGCCCCUCAUCUUCAUGAACAAACGGGAUGAGAUCGGGGUGGUGGAGGGCUUGCCUCUGGUGUUUUCCAUCUGCAGGGAGAUUUGGCCUCAGGAGAGGCUCAAGCAAGCCUACAACUUUCUGCUCUUCUGUGCCCUCUACUGCCUGCCAGUCCUGUUCAACAUGGUCAUCUGCUUCCUCACGGUGCGCCGGCUGUGGAGCCGCAGCAGCCAGCUGAAGGAGAGCACUGCCCUGAACCGAUCUCUGCCAGCUUCCAGGCUGAAGAUCCGGAAGAAGGUAGCACAGAUGGUGGUGGCCCUGGUCCUGCUGUUCGCAAUCUCCUGGCUGCCUGUCUACCUGAUGGACAUCUGGAUUGAUUUCAAUAUCCCUAAAUCUUUGCAGGAUGUGACUCCUUCUCCUUGGAUCCUGCAGCUCAGACCUUUUGCCCAGUGGCUUGGCCUCACCAAUUCCAGCCUCAACCCUAUAUGCUAUUGCUUUGUUGGGAACCUCUACAGGUCAGCCAAGGAAAUGAAGAGCAAAUACCACCAAAGAAUGGUCUCUCUCUUUAACUUUUCUCUGUCUGAAGGGACAACCCGUUCCUCAGUCCCAGAGCUGCUCUCUUACCGGAGCUCAAUGGAGCCUGCAAGGAAAGGAUCCUCCGCCACCCCCACCAUGGGCAGGAGAUGUCAGGAAGGUCAUGGCCAUAAGAACAAGUGUGGACGCUUGAACUCCUGCCAGCAUCCACCUCUGAACACUGUCUCCAGUGAGAACACUUCCUUGUAAUUCUGCUCAGGAAGAGCACCUCAUACCCUCAUCUGCAUUUAAUGACUCUUUAGAGGUCUUUCUGAACCGGGUAUUUUAAUGGUGGGGAAAAACUUUCUUCUAAUCACUCCCAUGACCAG